UCUGCCGCUUGUCUGUCUCUAGGUGACACAGGACAAGAUUAUCUGCCUCCCUGGGCCAGUGUGGACACACUCUCCUUUCCAGAUCAAUUGCUCGGAGUUCAUGCUGCAGGUGAAGCCUUUGGAGAGCUCGACCCAUGAACUUAAUGGGGUAAAGACCAACCUGGACCUCCAGCAGUACAGCUUUAUUAACCAGAUCUGCUACGAGAGAGCCGUUCACUGGUACGUCAAGUACUUCCCCUACUUGGUGCUCAUCCACACCCUCACCUUCAUGAUCUGCGGCAGCUUCUGGUUCAAGUUCCCCGGGACCAGCAGCAAAAUCGAGCACUUUGUCUCCGUGCUGGGGCGGUGCUUUGACUCGCCGUGGACCACCCGGGCCCUGAGCGAAGUUUCCACCGAGAGGAGGGUGUGCCGGCGGGAGCUGCCGCUCGGCGCCGGCUCCGGGAGCCAGGCCAGCUUGCCGGGGUGUGAGGAGCGUGCCGGGUCCGGGGAAUCUCCGCUGGGGGCAGACAGAGGCAGCGAGAGCACCCUGGACAGGCAGGAGGGGGAGCAGGCCAAAGCCCUGUUCGAAAAGGUGAAGAAAUUCCGGCUCCACGUGGAGGACAGUGUCAUCGUUUACCUCAUGUACAUCGGGCAGACCAUUGUCCGUGCCAUCAAGUUAAUCCUGAUCACCGUUUACCACGCCCUCUUGGUUCUGAACAUUCAUGUGGUGGUGCCGUGCACCGUGAACAUCGAGGAUGUGACUGGGUACCGCCAUUUUUGCUGUAACCACACAAGGGCCCACCUCUUCUACACUCUUGCCGUCUGCUACAUCUGCUUCCUUUGUGUUUACGGCUGCACCUGCCUCUACACUCUCUACUGGCUGUUCCACCGACCCCUGAAAGAGUAUUCCUUCGAGUACGUGCGCCAGGAGUCAGGGAUCAGCGACAUUCCGGACGUGAGGAAUGACUUUGCCUUCAUGCUCCACCUGACCGACCAGUACGACGCCCUGUACUCCAAGCGGUUUGCCGUCUUCCUGUCGGAGGUCAGCGAGAGCCAGUUGAUGCAGCUGAGCCUGGACCGGGAGUGGUCCACCGACAAGCUGCGGCAGAGAUUGCAGAAGAACGCGGCCCACCGUCUGGAACUGCACCUCCUCAUGGUGCCCAGCCUCCCUGCUGCCACCUUCCAGCUGACCGAAAUCCAGGCCCUGAAACUCGAGCUCAACGGUGAGCUGGAGUUACCCCCAGCCACGGCGCAGCUCACCCACCUCCGGGAGCUGUCGCUGGUCAACUCCCCGGUACGGCUUCACCAGGCCGCCUCAGCCUUCCUCAAGGAACGCCUCAAGGUCCUCCAGGUGCGGUUUGACAGCCCCCAGGAGGUUCCCCUCUGGAUAGCCAGCAUGGAAAACGUAGAGGAGCUCAGCCUGAACGGAUCACUCACUCAGGACGGAGCUAAAUGCCUCAUCCUGGACUCCCUCUGUCAGCUCCAUCGCCUCAAGAUCUUGUCUCUGAAAAGCAACAUAACUAAACUCCCUCCAUGCCUGGCUGACCUCUCCAGCCACCUCCAGAAGUUGACCGUCCACAAUGGAGGCACCAAACUCAUGGCGACAAACAUCCUGAAGAAACUGCAGCAACUUCGGGUCUUGGAGCUGGUGCAGUGUGAGCUGGAGAGAAUCCCUCAGGCAGUGGCCAGCUUGUUGAGCUUGGAAGAGUUGAACUUGAAGGAGAACCAUCUCCGGUCCAUCGAGGAAAUCCUCAGCCACCAACAGUGCCAGACGCUGACCUGUCUGAGGCUAUGGUACAAUCACAUCAUCCACAUCCCCGAACACAUCAAAAAACUCAGCUCUUUGGAGAGCCUCUAUCUCAACAAUAACCAGAUCGAGGCAAUACCGCCUCAACUCUUCCUGUGUAACAAACUCCGACACCUCGAUCUCUCCCACAAUCGCAUCACUUCAAUCCCACCCGGAAUCGGAGUGCUCCAAAGCCUCCACCACUUCUCCGUGUCCCACAACUCCAUUGAGUCCCUGCCGAACGAGCUGUUCUUCUGUAAGAAGCUGCAACACUUGAAGCUCGCCCACAACGGCCUGACCGCCCUCUCGCCCAGGAUCUCCGGCCUGCCCUUGCUGACAAGGCUUGAACUGACGGGCAACCAGUUGGAGGCAUUGCCCCCUGAGCUGGGGCAGUGCACUGGCCUGAAACGCGGAGGUCUGCUGGUGGAGGAGUCCCUGCUCCUAACGCUGCCCUCCGAUGUCCGAGACAGGCUGGAGGCUGACUGAAUCCAGGAUGGGGAGACACGCUGACUUAAGGAUCGGGAAGUCAGAGCUGGUCAGGAUUAAGCGGGUACGGAUCGGGAGGUCGAAUUCAGGGAGAGAAACCGGACACUGGGUGAUAAUGGGAGCUUGGUUUGACGAGUAAAUUAUUGUGGCAAUUCUCAGCGCAGCAUUCCUGAGGGUUGGGUCGUUCAAAAUGGCUGCUCUCGGGUUUCGCUCUGCUCCCAGACUGCCCCGGGACACAGCAGGAACACAGAGGGAAUGAUGGAAAGGUCACACAAGCAAUGCUCCCACCCGCCUGAGAUCCCAGUUGGGAUGUGGGAUCUGUGACACAUUUGACACUGUUUUAUGGUUAAGUUUUGUAUGUAAUUCCACAUAAUAAAACGGUGCAGCCAGCA